CCCUUCUUGGAAGCUUGUAAGAAAAAAAGCACAGGAUAUCCAGAAACUCAAUAAUGCACCCCACCUAUUGUCUCGUGGGGGUUAUGAGCUACUUGUGAGAAAUUAUAUGAAAAGAGAACUUAAACGACUUAAGGAGGUAGCAAUACAAUCUGGUGCUAGUGAGGAUGUAGACAUUGAUCCUCCACCUCCUCCUCCACGCCAUAGGUUGUGGAACAUGGCUCGCACAAAAAACUCUGGAGAGAUGACUUCUGAGUCUGCUAGUCAAAUUGCACAAAAAAUUAAUGUGUUGGAGGAGCAAGAAUCACAAGGUUCAUUUAUUCCUGAAGGCCGUCAGGAUAUAUUAAAUACUGCCCUUGGACGACCAGAGCAUCCUGGUCGUGUUCGUACAGCUAGGGUUGGUGUUAAUAUUGGUAAUUACUUUGGACCAUUAUCACAGGGGUCAUCCUUAUCUAGAUUGAGCCCACAGGAUCUUGAAGCUCUCAUACAACAAAUAUAUGUACGGGUCACAAAAGCUUUUAUGGAAAAGUACCCAAAUAUGAGUACUGCACAGUCACAGGAUGUUCCUCCAGUUGAGGUAGAUCAUGCUAUCGUGGCCUGUGUUAGCACUAAAGGCAGUUGCCAAACUCCUUCAACUGCUACUGUUCCUGGUAAUCCCUUUGGACAUGAGGUUCAUGUUGAUAUCUCCAAUAAGUGUGAGUUAUGCAUUGAGGGGAUUCCUCCGCUUGUAGUGGCCAUUGGUAGAGUUUGUGAGGGGAGUUCAACUAUACACAACGUGCCUUUGACAAAUGAUUUUGUCAAGGUGGUCAUUGAGGAAGUUCAAGAUUCUAAUGCUCGAGUUCCCAUACCUACUUCAGAGGUUCAGCUGGUUGGGCAGGCCUUAAAAACUUUCAUUGCAUGGCCGAGACAUCUUGUCAGACCUAUUUCAACCACGGAUAUUCAUCGAGCAAAUAAACGAGUUCCAUCUAUUGAUAGGUUAAAACCCAAUGGUGAUCCUAUCACUGGGUUACGUGAGGCAUCAAAGUCCUUACUUUAUGGACAACCAUUUCAGGUGAUAUGUCCUGCAAGUCUAUUUGGGAUCAGCGAUGAUGAUUUUACGUUGUAUAUUUCAUUUCAAGAUAUAUAUGAAUUAUUACAACGUGAAGCAAUGCUUAACAUCUCAAUUAUACAAUUAUGGAUGUUAUAUUUGAAUCGUAAAAUUGAAGAACUCAAUCAUGGUGACUUGUAUGGAUUUCUUGAGCCCCAGUCAAUUCAAAAAUCCGGGAAUAAAAAAGCGGAGUCUCAAAAUUAUAUCAUUGAAAGGUUACAAAAUUCACCCAAACAAAUUUACUUUGCUCCUUACGUUGAUCAAAAUCAUUGGCAGUUAUUGGUUCUCUGUCCUGCAAAGAAUGUUGCUGUUUGGUUUUGUUCUUUCUAUCAUAAGCCAAAUGUUCAAAUAAAAAAUUUAAUUAAAAGUGUUAUGGUUGUCUAUAAUGUCAUGGGGGGUAGAUCUACAGCACAACCAAAGAACCUAGAUUGGAUUUAUCCCAUGAGUAAUCAACAACAAGGAGGUUACGAAUGUGGAUAUUAUGUGAUGAAUUGGAUGUUAGACAUAAUUGAAGGCGAAGUAACAAAUGAUUGGAUUGAGCUUUUUGAUGAUGUUGCACCAUUGCCGGAAACCAAAUUGGAAGACAUUCGAAGUCAAUGGGCAACUAAACCUGCCCAUUUUCAGAGCAACAAAAAAAUGGUGUUGAUUGUGCAUCGUGUAUAUCCUCCUAUACUCAAGUGGAUACUCUUAAUUGCUCUACGCAGCCUUUCAUCAUUACUAUCAUAUUUCAUCUUUUUCAAUGCUCGAGAAUGCAUGUAUAUUUUCAUUAAGUUGAGUACGUUUACAUUAUCAUGA